AUGAUCUUUCAGCGCUUACGAGAGACCGUGGAAGAUGCAAAAAGUCGCGAGAUUCAGCAGUUGAAGCUGGAGCGUGUAUUCGUGGAAGCUAUCGUGGAAGCUCUUGAAUCGAGAGGUGCUGAGCACGCUCAAAUGAAAGCCAGAUUUGAUGGCAUGAAGAGAACCAGUCGGCAAUAUAUCGAAGGUCUUACUGUUGCACAAACAGAAUACGACAGGGAACUGAAGGCAAGACGUGACGCAGAAGCUGAGGUCACGCGAUUAAGAGUGCUCCUGUCAGGACAGGCUGCCCGUCUGACAGCAUUGUCAGGAGAUUCUCGACGACAGGAAGUACGACAACAGAUAUCCAAAGAAUUAAAUGAUAGCUUGUCUGGAUUAGAGCAAAAUCUAUCUCGUUUGAAAGUGGAACGUGACGUGACUCUGGCAGAAGUCGAAGAGUUAUCCGCAACUAAAAGCUCCAAUAACGCCUCUCCCGAUGUAGGAACUGUUGCAUUGGGCCGUUCAUUGACGAAGCGUUUGGAUAAUAUCCGGAAUCAAUAUCAAAAGGAUCUCAUACCAUUGACUCAACAGCGAGAGACGUUAACCCGAGAGAUAGCCGAGCUCAAGGCUGUUAGAGACGUCUUCCUGGAAGAAACUUCGGUUCUCAAUGCACGCAAUGAAGAAUUAGCACAACUCAGCGCUGUGUAUACGCGCCGAAUGGAUACGGUCCAUGAAAGCCCCUUGAAAGAUGAUGAUAAUUCAAAUCGCGCCUCAUUCGACAAAUCUCGUGGCCAGUUCCAGUCAACAACACCCCUAGCGCCCUCUCUUAGCUCUUCAACAAGUGGAUCCUCUACAGUUUAUGACGAGACCAUCGACCCCAGGUUCUUCAGAGCUCCGAAGACGGAUGUUGAUUUGCACACCCCAGCUAAAGGUAAAUUCAUGAAAUGGCCAGGUUCCAAGGUCAAAGAUGUAGUUUCUCCAAGCCCUGGAACGGAAACCAGCAAAGGAAAGGCUCAUCUUGAGCACAAUUUCCAGCAGCUUAGUGUUUUGCGCUUUACGCGAUGCGAUCAUUGUGGCGACAAAAUGUGGGGAUCUCAACUCCGCUGCACCAUCUGUUCAACUUCUAUCCAUGUUCGCUGCAUUGCGAACGUCCACAUUCCUUGUACGCAACAACUCCAUAACAUCAGGGAGGAACCCCAGCAUAUACCCCCGUCUAUGUUCGGACGUGAUCUUGUUGAGCAAGUUCGUGCCGACUCGAAGGAUGAGGACCGUCAGAUUCCUGUCAUCGUUGAGAAAUGCAUUGACGCCGUGGAAGCCAUUGCUUUGGAUUAUGAGGGCAUUUACCGCAAGACUGGUGGUUCAGGGCAAUCAAAGGCGAUCACGCAGCUGUUUGAGCGAGGGGAUUAUUCUUCAUUCAAUCUCCGCGACACAGAUCGCUUCAACGACAUCUGCAGCGUUACGUCUGUCUUGAAAACCUAUUUUCGAUCUCUACCCGUCCCUCUUCUUACGUUUGAUCUUCAUGAUCAGUUUGUGUCCGCGGUGGCGAUUAAAGAUCUGGCAUUGAAGCAAAAGUCCUUGCUAGAGUUGGUAAAUCAGCUGCCGGACGAACAUUACUACACUCUUCGUCACCUCAUGUUGCAUCUUCACCGUGUCCGGGAAUGCUGCGAAAAAAAUUUGAUGACUGCCAGAAACCUCGGCGUCGUUUUUGGUCCGACACUAAUGAGAUCGAGAGACCCUGGCGCCGAGUUCAGUGAUAUGGCGGGUAAAGCCCUUUUUAUAGAGUGGCUAAUCGAGAAUGCGCCCCAGGCCUUCAAUGAAAACAACCUCAGCUAA